GGUGAGAAUCAGACGUUGGUGUUGGCGCGUGAUGUGACCGGAGAGUGGAAACAACUUGGUCGAAAUGCCAAAGCACAAGCCAGUGCCCGUUGAGGACCUCGUCAUCCCACCGCAGGACACCAAGAUCUGCGGCACAAUAUGCAUGUGUCAGAUGACAGCGGUGCUGAGCAGUGUGGCGCUAGUCUACUUGACGGUGGCCAUCUACAUGCCCAGCCUGCGCGCCUUCAAGUCGGGCAUCACCGAGACGCCCGUCAUGUGCACGACCACCCGCGCCGUCAACAAGGACAACUGCGACUGGGGCUCGUGCGGCGAGUGGUGUCUCAGCAAAACCUCCGGUGCCUGCAUCCAAAUCUACGUCAAUCUCCGCAACAACGGCAGCAGUGUGUUACUAGCCAAUUGUACCAACAGUGCAAACAAGACUUGUUACGGUAUAGACCAAGAGAACGCGAAAAAGUCGCGGUGCAUCGCCGAUGAGUGUCGCAACCUGACGGGCACGUUCAACUGCACCCAAGGCAUGUGCAUCAACAUCACCGACGCCUUCGAGUGUGUCUUCAAGGACACCGAUCCCCCUCUCAAGUGCUCCGGCAGACGCGGCAAAAUAAACUGUAUAGACAUAGAUGGCUUACAGAACUGUAACCGAGGCACUUGUGAAAAAAUUCGAACUCCCUACAACUGUGAUCGUCGCUGUGUUGAUAUACCCACUCGCAAUAAAAACACAAUACUACUAAGUGGUGAUAGAGUGUAUUUAUCGCAGUGUCAACGUGCUAUGGUGAUGGGCACAGAACAGGAAGUGUGGAAUGAAAGUGAUGAUAAUAUUUUGAUGGCUAGUUGUUACACUAUUGAAAAUACGUCUCUGGGGGUACAGGCUACUGACUGUAUCAACGGAACGCUGUUGGAUAAGAGUGUGCUGAGUGAUUUGACCAAUUUCACGUAUUUGAGUUACUUGAGUGUGACUAAUACGAGAAUGUUGGAUGAGAAGAGGAAGGUGGCACCACCAGAGAUGGAUCUAUUGAUUUCGAACGAGUCGAGGUUGUUGAUCAACCUGGAAGGGUGUGUGAACACCCUGCGCGAUGAGUGCAAGGAAUUCCUGAGGGAAUACGGAAAGGACGGCACCGACCACAAUGCACGUGCUCGUUUCCCGUGCUUCUUUGCCGUCGACAACACCGACGUGGUGGUGGCUCGCUUCAAUUUGGAGGCCACCUAUCGCGAGUUCCUCAUCGCCUCGCUAGUGCCUUCCAUCCUCUUCAUCGUCAGCUGCCUGACGCUCAUCCUCUGCCAGAGAACGGUGGAGGUCGGCGACGACGCCAAAAUGCGCUUCAAGCGGAAAGGAGCCGGCAACGCCUCGGAGAAGGACAACGGCCUUGGUGACGCCGGAGGGGGCGACGCCGCUAUGGCACUCUGAGAUCCGUCACGCAUUCCCCUCCUCCAGGAUAGUCCUACACACCAGCAACAGCACGUCUUCUCGUUGCAGGACUAUUGACUGGCCAUGCAGCAAGCUGCUCACCAACGCAUCUGUAAAUAUUGACUAUUACUUAGCACUUGCCAACGCAACGCAACGCAACGCACGGAGGGGAAAGCGUCUUCGCUCCUUUUUGAGACCGCGAUUCCGCACUAAGAAUCGUCGUUGUCGCCCGAACAAAAAGACUUUCUAAUCAAAUUUAUUACGAAUUUUUUAUAAGUACCGUCGCAAACCAACUGUGAAGGAAAGCACGUCUGACAGGGAAAAAAUUGCUCAUACAAUUUUAUCGGCCACCACCAACAAACAAAAGUAAUCCACGCGGGAAGCCAAAUUAUAAUCCAGUCCUUCCAUGGUGAAUAAAGCAGCAUGGUGCUUUUUAUCCUGUGAUUUUGUUAGUUACUAACAGAAGCCAAAUAAGUGAUAAAAGACAAUUGCUUUAUAAAUUUAUUAUAUUAACGACCUUCCACGAAACUAUUCUCUCAUAAGUUUAUAAAAUAUAAUAUUAAUCGAGGAUAGCAACAGCGAAAUAUAUAAAUUACAGAUGUUCGCUUGUUUUUGAAAAUAUCAACGAUAUUUUUUUUAAACUAAACACAAAAUUACCAGGAAGAGCUAACAUUGAUCUUCCAUAUUAUAGUUAUCCACGUAACUAUCAUUAGAAAUCUCGUACACUUACUUGUUUAUCUUUGGAGAAGCUUUGAGUUAUGUCAGUUAUAAUAAUGAUAAUAAUAAAUUAAAUUCAGACGGCAAUGUUAGAAGAUCAUCGCGUAGAUCACCAAAUCGCGUCAUAGAAAAAACGUUAGUAGCGGUUCGCCUUUUCUCUCAAUUAAAUUCGCUAUUAAACUCGCUUGAUGAUUUUUAACUAGAGAUUUGAAGAGCUAGAUUGUUAGUUGCUGAACUAGGUUAAACAAAGAGAAACAAUAAGAGGGAAUUUUUAGAUUCGAGAUUUAACGGUUGAAUAGCUUUGUAGAAGUAGUUGUUUGAAGUAGGGGGAACCUAGAGACGAAAGACAUAUUAUGUAAUAGGAGUUCAGAAUGGUAUUCAGUAGUCUAAAAAGCAUAUAAGAGGAUAUACAACAGAAAUAAGAAGUGUGUGAGUGAUUUGCUUGAACCUAGAAAGUAUAAUUUCAGUUAAUACGAGAAAAGUAAUAAUUUCUAAAAAUUGCCAGUAGUCUAGAAAUGCAGACAGUAUAUAUGGUAUAAACUGGGAAAAAAUGGUGGAACUUUUGAGCGAUCAGGAAGGAUAGAGGGAUGAACAAAGUUUUUAUCAGAGAAUCAUAGUGUUCUUUGAAUCUUGAGAUAGAGAGACAACUCAGAAUAAAAAAGGUUUCCCAAAGAAUUUCCAAGUCUAUAUUGAUCAAUAUAAUUGUGGAUUAAUUGUUUGUGUGUGGAUUUCUAGACCUGAUAUAUGAGAGUAGCAGCGUAAGCAAAGGAAAAUACUUGCAAAGAUUACACCGAGAAGUUGUUGAAAUCCUAGAAAUCGUAGAGAGAAAAUCUCCUAAGAGUAGGGGAGAACUGCGUGUAGUGAGGGGUAGGAGGUUAUGAUAAUUAGCUAAGUGGUACAUUUAACCGUCAAGACGAGAAAACGAAACGGCCUCAGCAUAGAUUCGGAGGAGACCCGGAUCAUAAUGGGGGCGGAGGAGGAGGAGGAGGAGGAGGAAGAGGAAGAGGAGGAGGAGAACGAGCAUGGGAGUCAUGAAGGGGAAGAGGUGGAGGAUGAGGAGAAGGAUCCAGCCACCAAGGAUCCAGGAGCGGAUGAAGAGGUGGAGGAGAUUGAGACCCUCAUGGAGAAGGCUAAGUUCUACACGUCGUUAUGUAUGGGUACAACUGCCAUUUUGUCGGUGUUUGCGUUCCUGUUUCUGAUUCCGUUCAUUAUAGAUCCGGCCAUUUCGACGAUCCUGGCCGACUACCAACAGGAGCCCGUCACGUGUGUGGCGACCGAACACGUAUACUCGGAGGGACUGAGCAAUUGCACGUGGGCCUCCUGCCGCGAGGGAUGCACCACCGCCGCGCUACGCUGUCAUCAGAUACGUGUCAACUAUUCGCUCAUCACAUUCGACAACUGGACCAAGCUGAAUACUCCAGUGGACCAAAUCGACUGGUUUGUCAACGACACAAAGUUCUUCAUCAACACAGAGGGCUGUGGCUACCCGCCGCGAGUCAACUGCUCCGUAUUCGCCAAAAAGUACGGCUACAAGAACCUCGGCACGCCCUUCCCCUGCUACUACAGCAAGAACUACCCGGAAAUGGUUGUAGCGCGCUACAGCUGGGACGAUAACCUGCGCUACAUGAUUCUGUCGCUGAUCAUCCCCAACCUACUGUUCGUCAUCUCGAUCAGUGUGCUCAGCUACUGGUAUUGUCCCCGCUGCAAUCAGGAGGAGGCAGACAUCGAUACCGCCUCCUUCGUCGAAAAGUUUCCCCCACCCAAGGAUGAAGAUAUGGAGGACUACGAUACUAACGAUUAUUAGACAACGUAGACUACGUUAAUUUCUCGUCACUUUAGAUUAAUCGGAAUUCGUGAAAAUCUAGAGAAUUGAUUCUGCAUCAUCAUAACCAUCUCAAUCAUCAUCUUCCAUCUCAGCAGUUAACAGAAUGACUCAAAAUUUUAACAAACCUUCACUUAGUUUCAAGGGUUAAAAUCGCUAAUCUAAGCUUAGAUCAUAGCUUGCUCACCGAUGACUAAAAUGAAUUCAGCACUCAUCGUUUUUAUUAAAUUUCCCUGUUACUAAGACAAUCCAUCUCACACAUUCUUCUCAUGAACCACACUCAAAUUUAUUAAUUUAUCUCUUACUAAUCAUCAUGUUUCAUAAUAUCUUGUUCUUAAUCACACUUCUUUAAAACCUUUAUAAAUAUUCGAGAAAUAUAAUUGCUGUCAUAGUAUUUUAUAGAAUUUAUCAGUCCACUUUGAAUAUUACUAAAGAUUAGGUUGAACGAUUACAUCAAUCGUGAUUGCAGUAAUUUAGCUCGAUCUAGAAUCGAUAUUCAUCAAAAUACAGUAGAUCUAGUAGGCUUGAGUUUGGAAUCUGACUAAAUAUGUAUGUUUUAAUUCAAGAACAAAUAUUGAGUUUAUUACUAUAUUUUAUAUCAUGUCUGAAAAAUGAAUCAUAAAUUUUAAAUGCUUCCACUAAUCUAACUACAUCUACAUCAGAUCUUUGAGUAGUUGACAUUUUCAAUAACAAACUAUUUGGGAUAAGCAAAUUUAAGUUCAAUAAACUCACAUUUGAAUAAAGGAAUGAGUAUCUAUCGAUUUGUUUAAUACCGGUAUUCCUGAAUAAAUAGUCAUCAUUCUCGAUAUGAAACUAGUUUCUUGGAGCUUCAUUGAAGCUUUGAGAGAAAUCGUAUCAAAUUCCCGCCAAGAUACAGAGAAAUUUAUUUCAUGUGCAUUUCAAGUUCAAAGUGAUGCUAAUUAUUUUUGUUGUUGAAAUUUUUGGAGAUACGGUAGCGGUAGUCAAUGAGCUCCUCAAAAACUGAGAAUAUUGAUUCAACAUUGUGUCAUUUUUCAUGAGCCAUCAUGAAAAAUCUAUUGUAAAAGAUGAAAUUCAGCUCAAAUAUCCAAAAUUGGUUCUAUUGAAACUGAUCAGCAUCAACUUAAUCAAUUCAUCAAACGAUCCAAUAAUUCACUUAUUUUAUUUACUACUGAAAUAAUAGGUUCUACUCAUUUAUACUGCGAAUCAAUACUUUAAAUGCAUGAAAUUCAUAAUAAUAUGAUAGUUCCAAUCAAGGCACUAACACCUAUUACUUUGUAUUGUUACUACCUUGGUUUCAAUAGUUUCUAGUUAUAAAGAAAUUGUAUCAAAUUCGUAGUUUAUUAAAGCUAGCCGCAUAACAUCCCUACCAGAAGGACAAAAAUGUUAUAAUGUUAGUUCAUUUGUCCGAAAGAAAAGAAAGCUAUGGAUCGUAUACUUUUGUCUAGUGAUUCAUCCUGACAAUUCAGCUUAAAUUAUAACUAGCUGCAUCCUGCAUGUAAUAGAAAUCUAUUCAAUCGAAUCUUUGAGUAGUCUAUUUGUUCAUUUAUGUGGAAUUAAGUUAUACAAACUAUGUUGUGUGAGGACAACUUCUACAUAAUAAAUCAAGACAAAUGAUCAAGUGAUGAGUCAGAUAAUGACUUGGAGAAUUGAAAACUCGUUCUGAAAGUUAACACCACUCAUGUGUGUAAUCUGGAUGCAAAUUAUAGUACAGUGGUUGAAAAUUACGGUAUUUGUAUGAAGUACGAUAUUACUCUUAAAAGUUUACUCUUUCGGAUUAAAUACAAUCGUACUCAAAAAUAUGGCAUGAUUCCAUAUAAAGUCAAACAAUAUUUUCUGUUGAAAUUAGCUCCGAUUUAUGCAUUGCUAUCCCUAUACUUUGGACAGACUGUACUCAAUUAUGGAUGAUAGUGCUCUAUCUUACUUGGAAGAAAAGUGAUAUUGUUCAAAAAUGUUGCUCAGUGAGGAAGCAUCCCAAUGUUUCUGAGCAGUUCUCAAUAUAAUCAAACUUCUAUAAUAUUUUGAAAUUGAAAGCUAAAGUUAGAUAACAGAAGCCAGUUCUCUUAUCGCUCUCGGAUGCUCUUAUUUGUACUCAAAACAUUAAUAAUGAACCUAAUCCUACAGGCUAAAUUAUAUUAUAAAUUAUACUAUCCAUAGUAAACCUAUGAAGAAAACGAAUUGUGUAUGAUACAUGAUUAUUCUGAUCGUUAUUGAAUUCCGUUAUGAUGAAUGUUUUUAAAAACGAUUUGGAUGAAGCUUAUCAUUAUUCCAAGCUGAAUUCCAUGUUCCACGAAUAGGGAUAUGUACUAAUUGAAUGUUAUUCUCCAACAGCUUUAAAUAGAAUUAAUUUAUGGAGUACAAACUAAUUGUUGCUAUUAAAAACAUCAAUGCGUUUAAAAAAAUACUCGCUUACUCUGAUGUAGAUAACGUCCCAUGUUAUAAAGUAUGAUUUGAUUGCAAUGAAAUUUUAAACUAUUUUGCUUUGAAUCAGAAAUAUUAAAGUGGUUUAUGAAUAAUCAUCGAGAAAUUUAAUAAUUCAUUUAUAAUGCAAAGAGUAUCAUAAAUUACACUAGAGCCAAAGUUUAAAGUUGGAGUAGUUUCCCAAAACUGACCACUCAAUUCUCAGAAUAUCUUGAAAACCCCGAUCAUUGCAAUUAUUCUCAAUCUGACUAAAUCGAAAAGUCAUUAGUAAUGAGAAGCGAAUCACGUCCAAUCAUUAUCAUCAAACUCUAUGAAAACUCUUAAACAAUGCUUGUCCAAUUUUAUAUCCCAUGAAAAUGAUCAAACGCAUAUUUUGAUGAAGCAUUGAUAAAAAGCAAUUGUGUCCUAGUGACUCCUCUAUAAAUAUCAGACUGAUUUAUCUCAAUUACUGUAUGAAUGUUGUUAACAUAUUAUUAUUAAGGAUAUCUAUAUAAGUUUAAAUACUACUGAAGAUUAUGGUAUUUUAUUGCUCGAAUCCAUAUUGAUAUUAUUCAAAGAAUAUUAAGUUUUGAAACUAGUCAUUGUUGAUUAAAUAGCAUUGAAGACUUUACGGAAAGUUAAUGUUACUCAUUCUGAAUGAGCUUGAUAAUUUAUUGUUAUAUCUUCAUUUCUAUGGUAUUUAUUUUGAGUACUGUAAUAGAUUUAAAAGUAAAAUUUAAAGUACGAACAUCACUAUGGGAAUGAGACUGUGUUAAUGCUUGAAAUAGGACGGUAGCCUAGGCCUACUUGUUUCAAGAAACGGUGUAUAAGUUUAGAUCAUUUGAAGUGAUUUGAUGGUUGGUGAUGUGAAAUUCUUUAUGGAGUUUUCAAUUUAUUACGGAGUUGGCAUACAAUUUUCGCUCAGUUAUGUUAAAACGUUGUUUGUUAAAACUGAAGGUUUCACUCGUUCCUCUACAUUAUCUAGCUGAAAAUCAUAAAAAAGGUAAUUCAUGUUUAUUAUUGUGAUGUAACAACAAUAAUAUGCAUAUUGCCUGAAUUGUAAUCUACUAAAUCUAAAUCUAAUAUCAUAUUUAAUUGAUAUUAUUUCUCACAGGCUAUAAGUUAUCCAUAAUAAUAGUAUGAAUUAUAUAAAUCAAUCAAAUGAACGAAUUCUCAGAUGGAAUUUUAGCUGAUAAUAAGAAUAUCUGGUUUUUUGUUAAUUCAUAUUGUUUUCAAUUAUUAUUGGCGAGUUAUUUUUGGAUUAUCACAAUUUAAACUUGAAAUUAUAUUCAAUAAAGCGCUCACGGUUUACAGUGUUCAAGUUUAACAAUGAUACAUGAUGAAUACAUCGCAGUGUUACACUUCUUAUUAUAGCAUCUGAAUUCAUCUUGACUAAUCAGAUACCUCACCUUUUAUAGCAAGGCAAUAACCUAGCAAUUUAUCAGUUCUAUUUUCACGACCAUUCAAUUCCUAAACACAAAUACAUUUAUAGUAAUAUUAUUCGACCCAAAAAAUUAUUUCAAUCUAGAAGAUUAGAUGAGCAGAUUUAUGAGAAAAUUCAAAGUAGGCCUACCGUAGUGCCAAAUGAUACUAUUCAGGCUUGCACCAAUAUUUGAAUAACUCAUCUUCAUUGUAAAAAUAUAGAAUAAUAAAUAUUAUCAUUUUUAACAUCCCAUUGUAAAAGAAUAAUCAUAACUAUAGGUUAUUCAUAUGUUCCAUAGAAAAAUAAUAGGUCAAAGCAAAUUUCUUAAAACACAGUAACAUGAAUAGUUUUAAUAAAAUACAAGAAGAUGAAAAGUUAUGAAUGCAAAACUUAACCAACUCAAAGCUUUAAUUAUUGACCGAUCAAGGUCACUUAUUCAUUCACAAAUUCCUUCAUAAUCUAGUUAUGAUUAUUAUUAUUAUUAUUAUUAUUAUUAUUUUAUCGUGAUUAUUUUAUACGAUUACACAUUAUCUAUUGAAAAUAUUCUUCUUAUGCACAUCUUAGAGUACAUAGUUUUGUACAACAUGAUAUUGUGAUAUUAAUGCUAAUGGUGUAUCUUAAUGCCAUUCAGGUGAAUGACGAUGUAUGUUUCCAGUGCAGUGAGAUCUGGAGUGUGUGUGUAAAUUCAAAUAAUAUGUAAACAAGUUUAAGACAAUAUGAUGAAAAAUUAAAUUAAUUAAUUCUGAAA